AUGGCGAUGGGGGGAGGCGGCGGCGGCGGCGUCCCGGAGCCGGAGGACUCGGUGCUGUUCCGGCGCGGCGCCGGCCAGAGUGAUGAUUCUGACAUUUGGGAUGAUACAGCACUAAUAAAAGCAUACGAUAAAGCUGUGGCUUCAUUUAAGCAUGCUCUAAAGAAUGGUGACAUUUCUGAAGCUUCAAAUAAACCAAAAGGCACCGCUAGAAGAAAAGCUGCUAAGAAGAAGAAGAAAAGCCAAACAAAGAACACCACCACUCCCUCAAAGCAGUGGAAAGUUGGUGACAAAUGUUCGGCCAUUUGGUCAGAAGAUGGCUGCAUUUACCCAGCUACCAUUGCUUCAGUUGAUUUUAAGAGAGAAACCUGUGUUGUAGUUUACACUGGAUAUGGAAAUAGAGAAGAGCAAAAUCUGUCUGAUCUUCUUUCUCUAACAUCUGAUGUAGCUAGUAAUAUAGAACAGAAUGCUCAAGAGAAUGAAAGUCAAAUUUCAACAGAUGAAAGUGAGAACUCCUCCAGGUCUCAUGGAAACAAACCAAAUAACAUCAAGUCAAGAGCUGCUCCAUGGAACUAUUUUCUCCCUCCACCACCCCCCAUGCCAAGAUCAGGACAGGGUCCAGGAAAGCCAGGUCUAAAAUUUAAUGGCCCACCACCACCACCUCCACCACCACCACCACCACCACCACCACCCUUCCUAUCAUGCUGGCUGCCUCCGUUUCCUUCUGGACCACCAAUAAUUCCCCCACCUCCUCCAACAUGUCCAGAUUCUCUUGACGAUGCUGAUGCUUUAGGAAGUAUGUUAAUCUCUUGGUACAUGAGUGGCUAUCACACUGGUUACUAUAUGGGUUUCAAACAAAAUCAAAAAGAAGGAAGGUGCUCACAUUUUAAUUAA